AUGGUGAAAGCAAACAGGGGACAUAAUUUCGAACUUCUUCAAGAGAAGCUUGAUAAAGAAACGGAUGCAUUGGAACGUAAAAUGUUAGAUGUAAAGCCGUGGUAUUUACAAGGUGAAGUUGCAGCUACUAAACGAAAUGAGAAUACCUUGCUUGAAGAACAUUUUGACGUACAACGCCACGGUCUUUUCAAGCCAGAAGUUCAUGACGAAACUGUUAUAAAUGACUACAUUAUUAAAGCCAUCAAAGAAAGAAUGUUUGACAGUCCUGUUUUCAAAGUUAAGGAAGUUAAAGGACCUUCUAAAGAAAUUCCACUACAAAAUGUUGUUCAAAAGUCACUGGUAGAAGAGUAUGAAGGUUUUCUCAAGAGAAAUCAGAUUCUUGAAGAAGACCAAGGAGACCCACAAAAGAAUGCAAUCCAGGCUGAAAUGUUGGAGCUCUUCGACAAGUUAGAUAGACUUUCUAGUCUUCACUUUGUGCCAUAUAAGUACAUACCUGCUUCCACGUCUGCCAAGAAUGAUGCAGCAUCAAAAUUAGAAGAAUCUGGACCUACAGUCGUCUCAACAGCCAAUCUUCUAGCUCCAGAAGAGAUUUGUCCACCAAGAGGUGAAAUACUUAUUGGUAAAAAUGAGCGCACUCUUGCUGACCGUCGGCGACAUCGUCGAAAGUUAAUGAGAAUAAGAUCAAAACUUAAUCCUCCAAAGAAGGGGAAAGUAGAUGAGCGGCAAACAGCCAUGGCCAAAGUAACCAAAAUGGCACACCGACCGAAUUCUAACAUUAAAAUUAUAAAGUAA